AUGGUCGCUCUAUCCAGUUCCGCAAAGACUCAGUCCCCAAAGUCCUUCCUCUACACAUCCAUAGCAAGGACUCAUGUGGGAACCAUUGCAUCCAUAGUCAUAUCGACAUUGAUCUCCCAUGGGAAGUUGACCGCACAUGAAAUAUCAAACAGGAGUCAGCUCCCUAUAAAAACUGUCAAAUCUGCGCUUGUAUCAUUAAUUCAAUUGAACUGCAUCUACUACUGGCUGGACGAGAGAAAAGCCGUUCACUACUCCUUCAAUGAGAGAGGUUUACUUGUGUUUGUUCACUCUGGUGACAUCAUAAAUUGCAUCAACAAGCUUUACGAUGCGGAGUCCGCCGAAAUCAUUCAGAAUAUAAUACAAAUGGGUCACGUAAGAGUUCUGGAUUACCUUGCUCAGUACCAAGAUGACAAGAGUGAGAAGACCAAGCUAUACUUUGAGCAGCAAACUAGAUUCUUCAAAUUGUUCGCCGAUGGUUGGUUGCAGAAAUUACAACCUUUCCAUUACAGUCCUAUCAAUGAUCUUUGGAGCAAGCUAUACCAGGAAACGUUGAAGCAGAUCCCCAGAAAUUCCACCACCAGUGAAGUGAAAAGAGUCAAUGAAGCGAAGGAGAAGACCAAAGUUAAAUUAUCGGAUAUGUUGGAGUCUGGUCAAGAGUCCAAAGAUCUCUAUGAAAUGGAUGGUGGACUCAAGAUUUUAAGAAACUCGCUUGUCAUUAGUUUCGAUUUAUCUAGAUUUGAAAAGCAUUUGAGAUCUAGAGCGUUGGUAAACUUCAGCAAGUCAAAGAUUGGGUCAUUAACAAGUAAAGUUUACGAAGCUGCUUUGAGCACCAUCGAACAGAAAACUGCAGAUUUGAGUCAGAAUUUCCUUGAAAUUUCAGGAUUAAUUAGUGACCCUGAAGAAGCUAGAUUGUUAAUACAUUCUGUGGAGAAUAAACUUGUGGAUCAGAAGCAAACUACUUUCCAAGCGCGGGAUGUAGCAAGAUUUUUGGAUAACGAAGUUGACUUAAGAAAUAGUAUUUUGACUCACAACUUCUUGAAGCCACAGAAAAGAGUCAAUUCAGGUGGCAACGGUGCCCAAAAGAAGAUCAAGUUAGAAGAUGGUGGUUCCUUCGUUGUUAAAGAAGAAAAUAACGAAAACGAAAACGAAAACGAAGAUGAAAAUGAAAACGAUAAUUCUUUUAACACUAUGGCAAGUGGUGAUAGUUUUGACAAUUCUGACGACAAGCAUUCACAUUCUUUGAUAUUAUCACACUUGAAGCUCCUUACUUCAUCAACGCCGGUGAAUUUCCUCAUUGAAGUUUCACCUGGUGUGUUUACAGUGCCCCUCACCAGCCUCAUGCAAGAGUUAAAGCAACAUAAUUUCGAUAACAUCAUAAAGACAACUUUAGGAAUCGACGCAUUCAAAAUCCUUAGAUGUUUAAGAAUGUUGAAGUUAGCAGAUGAGAAGACCAUUGCAGAAAAGAUCCUAUUAAAGGAGAAGACGGUUAGAAAUGAAGUUUGUAAAUUGAUAAACUUGAACGCUGUGGAGAUUCAAGAAAUCCCAAAAAGUGCUGAUAGAGCAGCCCUGAAGACCUUCUACUUAUUUAGACACAAGCGCUACAUUUCAUACUUGUUCUUAAGUAAUUCUUUGAUCUAUAAUAUGGGCGAGAUUUUGAAUAAUAUAGAGAGCUUUAAGAGCGACCAUAAGAUCUUGCUUGAGAAAUGUGAAAGAGAAGAUGUGAAGGGAAACGAGGACCAGUUGUUAUUGGAUUCCGAGUUGAAAACCUUAAGGAAAUUGCAAUCCAGAGAAAUCAACAAUAUGGGAAAGUUUAAUAGACUCAAGAGUUUGAACGACAUCUUUGGGCUCUUCUAA